AUGGCUGGACUUCCAUCGGGGUCCAGCAACGCGAUGGCGAUUUACGUCGGCAGUUUCGCGAUCUGUGGCCUGGUGCUGCUGACGAUGUGCGCGCAUGCGGCGGUGGUGCAGUUGAAGUGGACGUUCGUCAAAUUUCAUUACUUCGGCAGGAAAAUCAAAUGGAGGAAACGGCCAAUAAAAGGGAUACCUCAGCUCGACGAAGAGGUGAUUGAAGUCAUGCGGCUGAUAUCGGAAGUGCGACGAGAAAUUUUGGCACGGGCAACGGUCAACGAAGCGGAAAUACUGGACGUCAGUAGUCCAACGCCGGAGUCGCCACGCCAGAGGAAGAAUCCACAGCGACUCGCAACUCUCGCUCGAUGGGCACUGAAGAAGGACACGUUGGCCUUCAUGCCCGGACUCCUCGACAUGCUGAAAUUCGCCGAUGAAACAGACGAACGCGAAACGGUGCUUUGA